AACACAUCUCACUUAUAUACACUUCUCCCUUGACUGAGGCAGCCUCAAUUCCCCUCUCUCUAAACAAAUUUUACCUUUUUUUUUUAUAUAUCGACAAAUGGCAUCAAGCUCCAUGUCAUCGUCUUCACGCAACUCCGCCUCGUCAUGGACAGCUAAGCAGAACAAGCAGUUCGAGGAGGCAAUAGCCAUGUUCGACAGGGAUACGCCCGACAGGUGGCACAACAUUGCCCGCCAGGUCAGUGGAAAAUCCGCCGAGGAAGUGAGGCGGCACUACGAGGCCUUGGAGAAGGACAUUAUGAAAAUCGAAACCGACCAAGUCCCGAUUCCUAACUACAAAUCCAUCUCCAAUGCCAGAGGUUACUCCAACGACCACAGGCUAAUGAAGAAUCUCAAGCUGUGAGUGAUCAAAUAAUUAUCCGUUUGUAGAGUAAAUCUUGAUUAUCGUUGCAAGAUUCUCAAACGAAGAGCCAAAAAAAAAAACGAGAGACGCAUAUAAGUGUAAUAUAAGUGACGAUCGAACUUGGCCAUCUAGUGUUUUUUAUUUUCCUGUCAUUUUUGCCAGUCUUAUUACCAAGAAAUUAAACAACAAAAAUGUUGUAAUAAUAAGCACUGGUUUUUUCUUUCACUAGCUAGGUUCGUACGAAGCAAAAUAAGAUCGAUAACAACUUGUUGUAACAUGUCCGUGUGGAAAAUGUAUAAUAGUACUACUAUGUUUGAGCCUUGUCGAA